CACACGCAAACUAAUUCAAUCUAACACAUAACCUACAAACACAUGAAUUAUUCUAAUAAUACUCUGUCAUUUCGUUAUAAAAAACGAUUCAAUUUUUAACACGUACGAUGUACUUUGUUCUUUGUACUAUAGUGCUUUUAUCAUCGGAUCAUAGUUAAAUCCAGGGAAACGCCGUGGUUAUAUUGAUUUAGAUAUGGAACCAAAUAUAGAGCAAAAAGGUGUUCGUGUCUAUACGUUUAUAGAACCAGAUACCGAAAAUAAAAGAAAGCUCUAUGAUAAAUGGUGGCAGAAGCUAUGUUUGCGAUGCCACCCACCGGAUGCAACGCCAUCAUGGCAGCCGUCGUGGUGGUCAAGAUUUUUCCCAUAUCCACUUUGCUCGACAUACAGACAUACUGCUCAAAAUUUGUGUAUUAUUUUCUUUUUUCUUCUGACAUGGGGAAUUUUAUAUGCGGGGUUGGGUGAAGCCAUCGGAUUGAAAGGAGAACUGCUCGGCAUGGCGUUACUAGUAAUAUCAGCGUAUCUAGUGGGAUGGCUGUGGUUGAAACUCACCACAUUGCCAGCGCUCAUCGGUAUGCUACUGACUGGCAUACUUUUCCAGAACCUACAGCUGGUACAAAUGACCGAUGCGUACAGGAAACUUAAUCAAGAUUUAAGAAAAAUAGCCCUAGUGAUCAUUCUAACACGAGCAGGUUUGGGACUUGACGCGGCAGUUAUGAAGAGACACUACGCAGCGGUACUUCAACUAGGACUCCUACCGUGGCUGGUUGAAUGUUUUGCUAUAGGCAUUCUAACGCAUUACCUCUUAUAUUUACCGUGGAUUUGGGGUUUCCUUCUCGGCUCUAUGAUAGCGUCGGUAUCACCGGCUGUGGUAGUACCAUGCUUAUUCAGAUUACGUGAUUCGGGCUAUGGAGUGGCCAAAGGUAUUCCCACAAUCGUGGUCGCUGCUGCAGCUAUCGACGACUCUGUGAGCGUAGCGGUCUUCGCUAUCAUCCUUAAUGCAAUGUUCUCUACCGGCUCUGCCACUUUCAAUAUUAUUAAGGGUCCAUUAUCCAUAAUAGUUGGAGUAGCUAUAGGAUCACUGUGGGGAGCAAUGACUGCAAUAAUCCCUGAGAAAGAUGACACUUACGUAGCGAUCUUACGAUUCCUUGCCUUAUUCUUAGGCGGACUAUUUUCUUAUUUCAUAUCUAGUCUUAUAGGUUGGAGCGGUGCAGGUCCUCUAGCCAUAGUGUCGUCUGGAUUUGUAGCCGCAUAUUUCUGGGACAAACAAGGUUGGCCUGUAAACAAAAACCCUGUUAGUAACGCCUUCAGAAUAUUGUGGAUUUUCUUCGAACCAAUCUUAUUUGCUUUCACGGGAGCUCAAGUUACGAUCAGUGCCUUAGACCCUGAGGUGAUAAAAAUGGGAGCGAUUUGUCUGAUUACGUGUUUAUUCCUCCGAGCUAUCGCGACAUUCCUGGUGAGCUUUGGAUGUGGUCUCAACAGUAAAGAGAAGAUAUUUAUCAGCUUUACAUGGAUGGCAAAGGCCACUGUACAGGCAGCACUCGGUCCUGCUGCGUUAGACAUGGUACAUAAUGGCCAAACUGCUGGCGCUCCGAAAGAAGAAGAAGAGAGUCAUGCGAAGGCCCUGCUGGCUGUCAGUGUACUAAGUGUUGUGCUGUCAGCACCGCUGGGAGCGUUACUUAUUGCAUUAACUGGUCCACGGCUACUGAGUAAACAUGACCCUGCUGUGGAAGAGGCGGAUGGCGAAAUGAAAACUGUAGAUACAUCAACACAACUAUAGAUAAUUCAUAAUGUGAAAAAUAGGUGACAUUUAAUAUAAUUCUUAAAUGCGCCAUCAUUUAAAAUACACUGAUGUUUUAAAUAGAUAGUAAAUAUUUAAUUUUGUGUACUUAAAAUGGUGCAUAGGCGCUUAAAAAUAUAUAUUUUAUUUUAU